AAAAAUUCAAAUGAACCCCCUUCCAAUCGAACCCAGCUCCAAAAGCGUCAUGAACUGUAUCCUCGACCACGAACUCACCAGACUCGCCCAAGCUCCCAGCCAAGCCCAGUCCAAACCCACUUGCAACUUCACUACAGACUUGUGCAGCCCAGCCCUGGCUGUUCACGACCGGCCAAAGACUACUCACUUCGAGUACGAGAAGGUCAGUGUGCUGGGCAAGAAGGAGAUUGAUGAACUUAGGGGUAAGAUAGCUAAUAUGGAAGAACGUAUCCAGAAAAGAAGAGAAAAAGAUCAUGGUAGAAUCAAAGAAGAUUUUUAUAACACUUUUAAGAAAACUAAACCUAAGAGAAAGAAUUCCCCUUUCAUAAAAUCUAAGAAGAACACUUCUAAAGCCCCUAAGAUGAAGAAAUGAACUACAGUUAGGAACUUGCAGUAUAAUAUUCAUAACAAAGAGAAUAAGAGCUACAACAUACCAAACAGAGAAAAUACUCAUCCAAAUGAAUCUGAAUCUGAACAAAUCUUCCUUCUAAAAGCUGAGAAUAAGAAAUUGCGUUCACAAAUAUCUCAGCUAAGUAAGCAAAGAGAUAUGUACAAGAGCAAGUACAAGAAGGUGUCAAGCAAGUAUUAUAAGCUAAGUGCGCUUUAUGAUAAGUAUUAAAGAAAGAAUUUGUGCUGGGAGUAGGACUGGAUGG